ACGCUGACCAUUAUUUUCUUACAAUAUUAGAAAAUCGGGUUAAAAUGUAUACAGGGUAUUUACAUUUACACAUGUAACACUCCCUAUAUAGGGGUUUACAAGAUUAACUGUGCCAGUCUAAGCGGAUCGUUGGUUCGAAGUUGACCUCAUUUCCCCGGCAAUUAAUUAUCCACGUUUCCUUUCGGAAAUAAUUGGAAACAGGACACAGUCUUGCAUUUUGUCGACGAUUCUCUGCAAUUAAGAAUCUUAUCGACGAAUCCCAACCCAUUGUCCUGUCAUCUUAAAUUUCUCCCUCGUUCAAUUACGGACUGUAUCGGCGAGCAGGUGAAUUUUAUUCGAUGCAAACCGAACGUAGAUGCAAGGCACGGUGAUAACGCGUUCGAAUUGAUAACUGUGGGAAACUUAACAUUCGUGGCGUCUUUCGUAGAGCGUAUCGACGAACUUACACCAAUAAAGGAGAACGGUAUCAACCAAUCGACGACUGUCGGUCAAGGUUCGGUUAUCGGGCCAAUUUUCACCCAUCAUUUACGGCAGACUUUGUCCCGCUCGAUCGUUUCGAUAAGUCAAUUCGUUACUGCUUCCACGUGUGCUAUUCGGUAAUCUAAUUGCUGUAAGUUCUGUUCGCAUUCUGCUGUGCCCUCGUACGGCUUCGAGAAACCUCGCGCUAUGAACGGUGAUUAGUUUAUUGUUCUAGUUGCUACAAUUUUGCAAGAUCAAUUAUCCUAUUUGAGACGUGAUAAUCUUGAAGCUUAUCCGUUCGGCUGCAAGUUGGACUUAUUAGGAAGGACGAUCGCCGAGGAACCGGAAGUGGCACGCGACACGAUUGUCUCGGCUCGUUAACGAGUGCAGGGGUCGUGAAAUCAGGAACGCGUCUACUGAAGGAAAAUAUUGUGUGUCGGAUGGAGAGGUGGGCGGUGUUGGAAGGGGAUGGAUAGACAUGGAAGUCGAGCUUAGGAGUCGCGAGUUUGCAAGCGCUGUUGGCCUGAAUGUGUCUUGUAAGCUCAGUGCCCCGUGACUCGCAAUCCUAGGCGGACGCAAGCUCGCUUUACCUCGUUACUUGGAGAUAUACAACGAGAGGGUAAGGGAUCUUUUGAAGCCGUCCUCGAGUACAACGGGACUGAGAGUUCGCGAGCAUCCUCGACUCGGCCCUUAUGUCCAAGGUUUGACGCAUCACGUGGUCCGCAGACUGGGGUCGUUGAUGUCCUACGUGGAGGAAGGGACAAAGGCCCGGAAGACAGCGUCGACGUUGCAGAAUCCGAGCAGCAGCCGCAGCCACGCUUUGCUUACGAUCGGCCUGACCGAGGAGACGCCAAGCGUCGCGAGUGGCGCCGUUACAUCGCCGUCUACGUCCACGAGGAGGAACGAGAUCUCUCCACGAGCUGGUAGUAAACUACGCUUGGUCGAUUUGGCGGGCAGCGAGAGUGCAGCCACGUGCAGCGGCGUUCAUCGACUGAAGGAGGGUGCGAAUAUAAACAAGAGUCUAGUGGCUCUAGGGAACGUAAUAUCAGCCCUCGCGGAGAGAGGCUCGACCGGAAGUGGUCCAGGCAGAAGGUUCAUCCCUUAUAGAGAUUCUUCGCUUACUUGGCUGUUGAAGGACGCACUUGGCGGAAAUGCCACUACCAUUAUGCUCGCCACGAUCUCGCCAGCAAGCGGAAGUUACAACGAGACAGCGCACACCCUGCGGUUCGCGCAAAGGGCGCAAAGCGUGGUCAAUCGGCCGGUGGUCAACGAGGAUCCCGUGGCGAGGAUCAUUCGCGACCUGAGGGCUGAAGUGGCAAGGCUGAAGUCCUUGUUAGUGGAAAAGAAUAUCGAGCCGAGUAUUAAGGCAUUGUGCGAUUGCUAUAAAAAUCAGCUGCUGGAUUCGAUCAACCAACAAUCGAAUAAAGGAACCGAAGUUGAAGACUCGGAAUCAAUCAAAACGUCCAAGAAAGAAGGCACGGAAAUAAAAGGAUCGAAAGAAGAUGAAGGGUUGAAGGUGGACGACCACAAAGGGUCCACGUGUCUGCCUACUUUUCGAAGAUCCAAUUCAACCGACAGCGUGAUCGUUUGCGAAGCUGAUUCUUCCAUAAAGAAGUUCAGUUCGUUCGAAUCCUUAACGACGGCCGAUCGUUUCGCAGGGAAUUACAAACGCGCGCGAGUGACGGAACUGAACGACGAGGAGGACGAAGCGAGGGAGAUUCACGAGUCGGUGUUCGUCGAUAUUCCGACGUUGGUGGCGGUUCUCAUCAAGCCGGACGAUAAUCUUCAAGAAACGUCCGCGCAGAUCGAGGAGAUUUGUUCGGACGAGGUUGCCGAGGACUCGAUCGAGUUCAUCGAGGCAGCUAACGAUCGUGAGACGUUCGAAGACCCGGAGAAACUCGACGGCGUCGAUCACGACGAGCGAAGUAGCUCCGUUAACUCGUGUCACGCGUCCGGCGACAACGAGCUCGAUGCGUAUCAACAACCGGUCUCUUCAAGUUCGAGUACGGUGUCCAAACUCAGGCAGAAGCCAAAAUUCCGCAAGCAGGACUCGGUAGACAUACUGUCCCCUUCGAUUUCAUCGAACUUGCAUACGUCGAAGAGGUUCGGUUCAGUGGAGACGAUCCUGAAGAGGAAGAAAGAGCCAGUAUUCUCUUUGGAGAGGUCUCAUACGAAUUUAGAGAAGCGUCAGACGCUUGGAGGGAAGAAAUUGAACAAUAUUCGAGAGAUAGAAGAUCAACAACUCUGUACUGGGUCAAAUUGGAGGGGAAGCAAGGAUCAGCUUCAGAGGAAAGGCAGCAACGAGUCUGACAAGAGUCUGAAGGAAAAGACGAAGAAUCACGCGAGGAAGCCGAGUUUAGAGAACUUGAAGAGGAAGACCAGUAAGGAUAGCAGCUCGAGCAGCUCGAAGGACGAACAGAUUUUGAUUUCUAGCCUGGCGAGAGAUAAAUUACUGCGCAGGAAGAGCUCCAUAGAGCAGGAAGCAACGUCUAUCAGGUCGCACACGCCCAUACAGCGUGUGAAACGAGCCGAAAUCGUGGCCGCGGUUACCGAGAGACUGUACUCGAGCAGGAAACCUGCCGAGGAUGUUCCCGAGGUCCGUUCUCCGCCAGAGAACGCGAACGUCAAGUCGCUGGCGAAGAUGAAAUUGCAGGAGAUCUCGAGGAAGAUGCUGGGGAAACGUAGACGAGUCUGCGUGGAGACGCAGACCGAGUGUUUGCAGACUGUACGUUUAAAGGACACUGCUUCCUUAACGGAAACGCCUAAGAUUCUUUGCAAGGAUGUCGGGGUGUUAACCGACGAUCACGUGGGCUGCGAACAGCUGAUGGUUCGAAAGAUACCGAUCCUCCGAGUGAAGGAAAUCGCUACCUUGACGGACAAGCCGAAGACGAGGAUCGUCAGGUGCAAGGACGUGGCCAGUCUAGCGAACGACCUCGAGGAGUUCGAUUACGAGUUCCAUUCGCCUCGCAACGAUUCUGGAAUCCUCUCGGACGACACUCAAAACUACGCCGAGAGUAAUCUAUCCAGCACAGAGGUGUCCGAUCUUUGCCCGGAAACCGAUCGCAGAGUUUACACAGAAAGUUCGACCAACACGGUAGUCUUUUCACCCUGUCGCAGUUUCGCGGUUCAAACACCGCGACCGGAAUCAUUCAACCAACAACCGACGGAGAACAAGACCCUAGUUUGCCUGAGACAGUGUUGCAAUUCCAUUGAAAGCUCUCAGAGUCGAUCGACAAGUGGAAAUAUAGAGAAGAAUGUAAUUAGCAUAUCGCUACCAGACACCCUCAACAUCGUCAUCGAAACGAGAAAUGCUUUAGAAUCCAAGGUCUCGGUUACCGACAACGAUUCCUCCAAAGAGAAGCUGAAAUCUAAUCGAAAGGAAUGCGAGACUCAGACCGAAGAAUCGAACGAGGCUGUUCCUUCGAAGGAUGCAGGUAGAUCGAUCCUUAGUCAGACGGACGGAAGGGUGUUCAGGAUCGAGAACAUCUUUCAGGACCCUAACAACGUGUCCAACGGGUCGGCCAGAGUAGACGUGGUUGCGGAUCGAACAGAGGGUACGAGGAAUUCCAUUACUUUCAGGAAUUCCCUGGGGACAUCGUACGUGUUCGAAGGCAAGCAGGGAGAGCCGGGAGGAGACAGGCUUCACGGUGAAGGAUUUAUCAGGGACGGAUUAAUCACCGAGGCGUUUAUCACCAGGAAGCGUAGUUUUAAUUUCAAAAGAGCACCUAGCACGAUCGUUUACCGGAAUCCAUGGAGGAACUGGUCGUUCUCCGAUCCACUGGCCAACGCAAUUCAUUCAAUCGAUCGCGCGAAAGGGUCGACGACGACACCGUCUUCCUGGCAACCGCAGACCGACGAAAUUCCAGCGGUCAGCACAAAUUUGUCGCUCGAGGAAAACAAUGGUGUGUUGCGACAAUGUCAGACGGAGCCUGAAGAGAUCAACGUCGAAGGAAUCUCUCAGAUAAAGCCUUCUUCCAGCAACGAUCACGAUCACGGUUUCUCCGAUGAUAGUCUCGAUUACAAUGAGAUCAAUGCUUCUACCGAAUCAUCUACCAAAUUGAAACAGAUGACUGAAAAGCGUGAGAGCUUCUGUCCACCUGACGUGGUGGCGCAUACCAAGAAGGACUGUUCAAAAUCAAUCGAAUCGGAGAAGGUGGAGCCGGAGGAAGAUUUCGAGGAUAGUCAAGUAGAAUUCCCGAAGAAAAACCCAGUGGAAUCGAUUGAGCCAACCAAGAUACACGAUUACAAAUCACUGAUCCUUGGUAGGAGUUGUUAUAAUUACGAAGAGGUUAACGAAGAGUCUGACGGUUCCACGAGUCGUGUGAAUAAUAUUGGAAAGAAGAAGGUGUCCUUUUCAAGUUCCAGUGUUCCCCAAAACAAGGUAGAUCGGAAUCAGAGUUUAAAACCCACCCUGAAGUCUAUCAUCAAGAAGAGAAGAAAGAAAAACGUAUCGGAACCCGUGGAAACCGUUCAAUCUUCGAACGACGAGACUGAUGAUUCGCAACAGGAAGAGAAGGCUAGUUUGACUUCGGAGACUGAUUGGAAAGGGGAUGUACAGUCGACCAGUUCCGAGGAAAUGUUCAGAGAGGAACAGGAUGUUGCAGGUUCGAGUAGAGAUCACAAACAGAAUUGCAAGAAGGUGAAGUUCUCUGAAGAAGAGUUGCACGAGAACACGUGCAGCGAGUCGGAUAGUUUCGAGAACCCGGACGAUGAUGAAGAGGAUGUUUCGUACCAUUCUCCGACGAGGAACAUCCUCGAGGAGUACCUCAGCGAGGCGAUGAUCUUCAUGCGGAAUCUCAACUCCAUCAACGAGUUCGUGAACAGUACUAGCAUGCUCGAAAGGAAUGCAAGUCCAAGUCACGGAUCCGGUGGAAAACGAGGUAGCCGUCGAAGGAGUAGCUUCUCCGACCGGAAUCGCGAUUACGAGGAACCGAGGGGUCGUAGGGUCAGCCUAAAGGAGGACACCGACGAUCCACCGUCGAACGAUGAUAUCGUCCUUUCCACGGAAUCCUACGAAAGGUGUCUGAAGGGUAUUCAGAGGCUGGAAGAAUGCAUUCGGAGGGUCGACAAGCAUAACGAGCUACUUCGCGAGAAAUACGGUGUCGACUGUGAAUCUGCUGGCGCUAGACUAAGUUUAGCGAGUCCUAGCACAGAUCCUCGUGUACCGACGACCAGCAAUGAGUUCACGAUUCCUCCUAACACGGACGAUCUCUACGACCAACCAUCCAACGUGACAGAACAGCUAGCCAACCCUCGAUUAACAGAAAGCAGCCAGGAAAACGAUCUCGAGAAGAGGAUCUUCGAUCAACUGAUGAACGUCGCCAAUUCUGUUCGUUGCGGAACGUCCAGUAAACAUCGGCUUUCAAAAUCGAUCGGUUCCAGGUCCCAGAGUCCCGGAAGUUACUCAAAAUUUCGAGAGAAGCACAAUCAGGCGAUAAGAGAAUCAUUUCCCGGGGAUCUUAGCGGUAGCUUCAGCUUAGAAGGCACCUCUGAUGGCAACGAUCAAGAGGAUGUCACUACUUACGAGAUUACAGGGAAUCUAUCGGUCGGCAGAACUCGUUCGAUGGAUCAAAUUGUCGACGAUGACUUGGACUCGACGAUGGAAGAAGAUUUUUUACCUCUGAGAAGAUUUAAUAGCUCUUCUUGGUCGUCUAAUGCAAAGAACACUGAAGCCAGGUUCCUCGGUUUGCCUUCGAGGACGAUCAAACGCGAUGAUUCAUCCAAAUACAAUUUUCCCUCCAAUUAUGAAACGAUGAAUGGCUCGAGGUUUAUCGAUAUCGAUGAUUCGUCGAGGAAAAGUUUCAAGAGUUUUCCUGUCCAUAGAGUGCCGUCGUCUGAUAACACGCGGAAAAGGGAAUUUCACGAGUCGGACGAUUAUUCGCGAAGAAUCAGGAACAGUGGAUCGAAAGUGUGCGGUUGUUUGAAAGAUCAAUCGGAUAUCGAGAGCUCGAGCGAACUGCUGCGUCUAAGGGAUAAGUUGAAAUAUCCCGGGAGUCCCAGAGCAAGAUUCCUCGAGCUUCUCAGGGAGAGACGACGAAUAGUUGAAUACAGCAGAGGCACCAGUGCCUCUUGAAUCGUUUAACGUAUUUUUCUAUUGUAUACCAUCGACAUUCUUGUAAAUAAUAUAGAAUUAGAUUUUUCUAACGUU